GAGCUCUUGGCCCUGUUGCUGGUUUGGAUAGUUCUGGCUGAUAGGCAGGCAGUGUCAGGAAAGGAGGGGGCUGCUCUCUCCUUGAUGCAGGGGUAAAGCCUGUAGGCUUAGCGAGCAGAGCCAAGGCCACACCUCCUGUGGGCCUGAGGAGCUUUCCCAGGAGAAAACACCUGGAAACGGCCCUGAACAGCAGUUCCUUCUGCAGGAAGAGAGGCAACAGUGGCGUCUUCAGGCAAGUCUGAUGAACCUAGCCAAGGAAACAGUGCAAAAGAAACGGAAAGCAAACGCUGGUCUCAAAACACAUCGGGCAGUGGGGCUUUUGCCAAAGCUAGCACACAGGAAGCUCCUGGUCCCACACAAACUGAUCUGUAGCCUGUCACGUUCUCCGCAGUGUAGGAAAGGUGCUAGCUAACUCUUGUGGCGCUGGAAGCUUGAGGCACAAGUGUUAGGCACCCAGGGCAAGCUAUAGACCACGGUUCUGAUUUUCAGAGAAAAUGGAUGCAUCAGUAAGACAUCAGGCAGCUUCGCGGAGUUGCUGGGCAGGAUGCACAACUAAGCUGAGGAGACAGGAGCAAAGGCAGGGAGAGCACUCCCAAACCAAAAUGAUCCAACCUGUAGUCACCAGCGCUAGCCCUUGAAACUACAGCUGCAGCCACUGUCCCUGCCACUUCUGCACAGUAGAUGUUGUGAGUGAUGCCUAGCCUCUACUAGGAAGGAUAAAAUCCCUGCACCAGGGCAUCGCUGCCUCCAACGGCCCAGGCAGGUCUUGGGGACCAGUCCUAGGUCCCAGGCUGGCACAGUAGGUGCAAGAAGUCUUGGGGAAAGUUCCUGCCAGACAAGAGAAGCGCUUUCCAAACACAGAAGACAAAUUCUCAGACUCAGAAGCAAAACAACCAACAGAGAGCCUGCAGAGGGAGAUGAUAGAAAAGACUGCAUCUUACAGCUGCGCCACCAGGGGGCGCGCCGAACGGGGAAACUCUUACACUUAGGCAGUAUCUAGAGCCUAGUGGCUUAUGAGUUCUGAGAUAACCCCUUUCCCCGAGGUAAAUAAAAUUCCCUGGGCUUUUGUUGCGCAAAGAGCAGGAACUCUUGUUUCUAGAAUGUCGUAAGUAAAACCCUUAUUUAGAUAUCAAUCUAUUGCUGUGACAUUUGCCUCAAAGUAGUGACAGUGGUGAAUGGAUGAGAAAAUCCAGAGGCCGUGUAUGGUACACGCAAUACUGUUUUGUCUGUGUUAACGUAAGUAUGAAUUCUUCAACAGCAAACUUUUCAAGAAAUGAAGGGUCCUGAACGGACUUGUUAACAGCAAGCCAGGAUGCUCAGGUUUUCUUACUGGGUCAGUCUUAGGAUGUCCAAACCUCAGGCGUCAUGGACUCGCCAUCAGACUCCAAUCCAGGAGGGCUGUAACAGGGAAACUCAUUUUAUGACUAAAUAGUAUUUAAAUAAAAUAGAAGACCCAGGCAGCUAAGCCUUGGAACCACAACUGUCACUCAGAUCUCCAGCUGGCGAGUCCAGAUGGUCAGGAAAGAGUCCUGAGACCCAGGCCUGGUUGAUGUGAUGGCCUAUCGAAGGCAGAAGGGCACGCAAGACCGACAACAACACGACCAUAGGUGCAUCUUUACCAUAAUGAACACCCCCCCCCCCGAAGCUCUUCUCUCCCCAGAAAAGGGUUUGGGUGCGACAUAAGAGGCUCCGGGUCAUUUGUUUGACCGUCAAGUACCAGUGCGGCUCUGCAACCUUAACUACUUCACUUCUCCAAGGAAACAAGUGCUCAGGGUAGGCGAGAUGGCACAGCAGGCAAAGGCAAUUGCCACCAAAUGCGACAAAAUCCCAUCUAAAAAUUCUAUACUGAGACCCACGUGGCAGGAGUGAGCCUCCUGAAACUUGUGACCUCCGCGCGUGUCUGUUUCUGUCACACGCGCGCGCGCGCGCGCGCGCACACACACCCUACACUGGCUGAGAUUGGGGAAGAGGAGGGAAGGGAGGAGCAGAGGGAAGGGAAGAGAGAGGAAGGGAGGUUGUAAUAGUACAAAAAAAAAAAACAAAAAAAAAAAAAACAAAAACAAAAACCAGAAAACAAAAAAACCAAGCUCUCAAGAGCAGCACUGCCACCGAGGAUCAGUCCCUGGGACCACCGAGGCUCCCGACCUGGCGGAAGUACUUCCUCCCCCAUCCAUGAUGGCGGGAGGGCGGGGCGGGGUUGGCAGGCGGAAGCGGCCGGCGGAUCCCUGGUUUAGCACCAUGGCGGCGGCUACCGCCUCCUCCGCGCUGAAGCGGCUGGAUUUGCGCGAUCCCAACGCACUCUUUGAGACUCAUGGAGCGGAGGAAAUCCGCGGGCUGGAGCGCCAGGUUCGAGCCGAGAUCGAGCACAAGAAGGAGGAGCUGCGGCAGAUGGUGGGCGAGCGGUACCGCGACCUAAUCGAGGCGGCGGACACCAUUGGCCAGAUGCGCCGCUGCGCGGAGGGGCUGGUGGACGCCGUGCAGGCCACCGAUCAAUACUGUGCCCGCCUCCGCCAGGCUGGCUCCGCGGCGUCCCGGGUCCCACGGGCCCCGCAGCCACAUCCCCCGUCCGAGAAGUUCUACAGCAUGGCCGCCCAGAUUAAGCUGCUGCUGGAGAUCCCAGAGAAGAUCUGGAGCUGCAUGGAAGCCUCUCAGCACCUCCAGGCCACACAGCUCUACCUGCUGUGCUGCCACCUGCAUAGCCUGCUGCAGCUGGACUCCUCUAGCUCCAGAUACAGCCCCAUCCUCUCGAGAUUUCCCAUACUCGUCCGCCAGGUGGCAGCAGCCAGCCACUUCCGGUCAACUAUUUUGCACGAAAGCAAGAUGCUGCUCAAGUGCCAGGCUGUGUCGGACCAGGCUGUGGCUGAGGCUCUCUGCUCCAUAAUGCUCUUGGAGGAGAGCUCUCCCCGGCAAGCCCUCACAGACUUCCUGUUGGCCAGAAAGGCAACUAUUCAGACACUCCUGAACCAGCCUCAUCACGGUGCUGGCAUCAAGGCCCAGAUAUGCUCUUUGGUGGAGCUGCUGGCUACCACUCUGAACCAAGCACAUGCCCUUUUCUACACGCUGCCAGAAGGUGUGCUACCCGACCCCUCCCUGCCCUGUGGCUUGCUCUUCUCUACCCUGGAGACGGUCACAAGGCAGCAUCCCACUGGAAAGGGCAUCAGUGCCCUACAAGGGGAGAUGAAGCUGUGCAGCUGGUUCAGACACCUGCCAGCCUCCGUUACCGAGUUCCAGCCAGCACUGCGAACCCUCGCACAUCCCAUCAGCCAGGAGUACCUGAAGGGCACGCUGCGGAAGUGGAUCGACAUGUGCAGUGAAGACAUUAAAAAUGGGAUCGGCAAUCUGCUUAUGUACGUGAAGAGCAUGAAAGGUCUGGCAGGCAUCAGAGACGCCAUAUGGGAUUUGCUUACCAACGAGUCUGCCAGCCACAGCUGGGAGGUGGUGUGUCAGCGGCUUCUGGAGAAGCCGCUCUUGUUCUGGGAGGACCUGAUGCAGCAGCUCUUCCUGGAUCGGUUACAGACGCUGACCAGAGAAGGCUUUGACUCCAUCUCCAGCAGCUCCAAAGAGCUCCUAGUCUCAGCUUUGCAGGAACUGGAGGCCAACAACUCCACAUCGAAUAAGCAUGUCCACUUUGAGCAGAACAUGUCUCUCUACCUCUGGUCCGAGAGCCCCAACGACCUGCCUUCUGAUGCUGCCUGGGUCAGCGUAGCAAAUCGGGCUCAGUUUGCCAACAGUGGCCUCUCCAUGAAAGCCCAAGCAAUCAGCCCUUGUGUCCAGAACUUCUGUUCGGCCCUGGAUUCGAAGCUGAAGGUUAAACUGGACGACCUCCUCGCCUACCUUCCCUCCAGUGACACCCCAUUGCUCAAGGACACCACCCACACACACCAGGCAAAGACCUCCGCGUUUGAUAGGUAUGCAGACGCUGGGACUGUGCAGGACAUGCUGCGCACACAGUCCGUGGCCUGCAUCAAGUCCGUUGUGGGCUGCAUCCAGGCAGAGCUUCGAGUCAUUGAAGAAGUCACACAAGACCAAAAGGAUGUCCUUCACAGCACCAAGCUGCAUGCAGUUCUCUUCAUGGCCAGACUCUGCCAGUCCCUGGGAGAACUGUGCCCUCACCUAAAGCAGUGUAUUGUGGGAAAGUGUGGGGGUUCCGAAAAGCCUGCAAGGGAGGUGAGGGCUCUGAAAAAGCAGGGAAAGGGGAAAGCUCAAGAUGUCCUCCCCGUGCAGGCCCAGUGGCAGGAAGUGAAGGAAGUCCUGCUCCAGCAGAGCGUGAUGGCCUACCGGGUCUGGAGCGCAGCACUCGUGAAAGUUCUCAUUUGUGGAUUCACCCAAUCAUUGCUUUUAAGUGAUGCUGGUUCAGUCCUGGCUACUGCCACCAGUUGGGAUGAACUAGAAAUUCAAGAGGAGACAGAGUCUGGUAGCAGUGUCACAUCAAAGAUCCGCCUCCCCACGCAGCCGUCCUGGUACGUACAGUCCUUCCUGUUCAGCUUAUGCCAGGAAGUUAAUCGGGUUGGAGGCCAUGCCUUGCCAAAGAUUACCCUACAGGAGAUGCUGAAGACCUGCAUGGCCCAAGUCAUCGCCGCCUAUGAGCAGCUCACAGAGGAAAACCAGAUAAAGAAAGAAGGGACAUUUCCAAUGACCCAGAACCGAGCCCUGCAGCUCCUCUAUGACCUACGCUACCUCAACAUUGUUCUGACCAGCAAGGGGGAGGAGGUGAAGAGCAGCCGGAGCAAGUCCGACUCCAGAAUAGAGAAGAUGGCUGACAGGCUGGAGGCCCUCAUUGACCCUUUUGACCUGGAUGUUUUCACACCGCAUCUCAACAGCAACCUCAAUCGCCUGGUGCAGCGAACUUCAGUUCUAUUUGGGUUGGUGACUGGUACAGAGAAUCAGUUCGCCUCCCGGAGCAGCACGUUCAACUCCCAGGAACCCCAUAACAUACUGCCACUGGCCUCCAGUCAGAUCAGGUUUGGACUCCUUCCACUGAGCAUGACAAGCACAAGAAAGGCCAGGGCAACCGGUCGGGGCAUCGAAAGCCAAACCCAGGACGCCAUCCAUUAGGCCUGCCGGAGCCCUCCUGGGUAUUUCUGGGUUGUGUUGUGUACAUGUGUGCUUGACAGCGACAGCUUCGCUUCUCAUAGCACUGUUUGCCUUACUGUUAGAAUUCCAGUAAAGUAUCCUUUCCCACAUUCCUUGCCAACAAACCCAGUAAGAUCCUGAGUCCUCAGCAAACAUCUGUUUUUAAAAUCUGGAAAACAGUCCUGAAAGAAAAAAAAAAACUACUUUCUGAACUCUGGGCUUCAUGACAGUAGUUCCCAUGUCACGGGGCCAGCCCUUCCAUGCUGUGGCCCUCAGAGGAGCAGGCCAUGGAAGGCACUGCAUGUUCACUCCCCUCCUGGCAUGGGCCUCCUUCACACUGCAACUGUGUCACAUAGUAACCUGCUCUGGUCCAGUGUGUCCCUGUCAGAUCCUCCUCUCUAGAGCCAUCCCCACUCCUCAGCGCUGUUGCCUGUGCUGUGUGGCCUCUGAGUGGGGUGCAGUGAAGGGGACAGGCAGGAGGCUAUGGGUGGACGCUUAAGGCACUUCCUCUUCUUCUAACGGCAGGUUGGCCCCCCGGCACUCUCCAGAGUAGGUGACCCAACGGCGCAUCCUGGCUCUCUAUUCAGACAGCUUGCAAGUGAGGAAGACGGCUCACCUGCACCUUCAUUGUUCAAGCUCGCCUGGCUCUCUAGUAUGACCAAGUAGCAUGGAACAACGCCCAGGCUCUAAAUAAACCCUACCGCACUGUUUGUCCUA